AUGGAUUGGGCUAAGGCUUCCCAACAGAACGCUGCUAUGCUGCUUCUUGACUUUGAGAAGGCAUAUGAUAGAAUUGAAUGGAAAUUCGUCUUAAUGAUGUUGGAAGCCUUUGGAUUCCCCCCUUUUUUUUGCCUUGUUGUUCAAACCCUCCUGAAGGACGCCUGUGCUACUGUUGAGGUCAAUGGUAUUCCCUCCCCCUCAUUCCCCCUUAGUAGGUCUAUCCGACAGGGGUGUCCGUUAGCCCCUGCGUUAUUUGUCAUUGCGUCUGAAGCUUUAUUUUUUAUCCUCAGAGAUUUUUCUGUUUCCCCUAAUGUCAGAGGUAUCUGCCUUCCUAAUAAUGAAGAGCUCCUGAAUUGUCAGUUUGCAGAUGACACUGCUCUUUUCUUCAUUCUUACUGAGAAUAACUUCAAUGCUCUUAAAGGUAAAUUGGAUCUCUUUUGUUCUGCUUCGGGAGCUCGUAUAUCCCAUGCCAAGUCAAUAUGUCUUGGUUGGGAUGAGUUUCCUCCUGAGUGGUUUGCUAGUUCUGGCUUUUUAUGGGGUGGCCCUAGUAAAAUUGUGAAAUAUCUGGGGAUACCCUUUUCUGUGGACCCCUCCCUCAAAAAUAUGUGGCUUUGGAACAAGGACAAGAUCCUCAAUAAGCUUAAUAAAUGGCACAAUAGAACUCUUUCGCUAGCCGGUAGGAUCCAAGUUUGCCAAAAAAUAUUAUCAUCAUACAGUAUAUAUUACUCGUCUGCUUGGUUGUUUAGCAACUACCAAAUUCAAGAAAUUCAAAGUGCUAUUAGAACUUUCCUUUGGUCUGAUGGCAAAGGUGUUAAGAAGCAUCAUUCUGUUAAAUGGUCCUGGUGUCAUGUUGAUAAGAUUCUCGGGGGACUUGGCCUAAAGGAUCUCAGAAUUCAGGGUAUCGCUCUCUCCUCUAAAUGGAUAUUUCACUCCCUGGAAGGUAAUAACCCUUGGAAGGUUCUUGUUAGACAUAAUAUUGAGAGAGGGUUCCCCAGGAAGGCUAAAUUUUGGAAAAAUCUCCCGUUAGGUGAUCUUCUUCUUGGUGACUUUCCUGUCACUAUUCAAGGUUCGGCUGUGUUUAAGUCAAUUUGGAAGGCUUGGGAUAUUGCUAAGAAACACUUAUCUAAUAAGGACAGUUAUUAUAAGGACCAACUGCAUGGUGAAAGGUCUAUUUGGUGGAAUCUUAUUGUUCAUGGGAAGCCCCUUGCUCUUUCGCAAGGAUGCUCUGCCAAGGCUUGGGCUAUGAAAGGGAUCCAGCUGUUCGCUGAUCUCUUUGAGUCUGAUCACCUUCUAUCCUGGGAGACUAUCAAAAACAAGUUUAACAUACCUGAUUCUCAAAAGAAGACAUACAGUAUGAUUCGAUUGGCCGUCAGAAACAUUCCUACAAUGUGCCAUGUCGACUCUCAUAGAUAUCUCCAUUGCAGGUGGCCGAAUGGUGUGGUCUUGUCAAAAAUCAAAGCCAAGGAUAUUUAUGCUGUUCUCAAUCAGUCUCAUGAUAUCAUUAAUCAUGUUAACAAGGUUUGGUACUCUUCUUUAGAUGUUAAAGUUUGGAACAAGCUAUUCUCUCUCUUAUGGAGGACACCUAUUGAGCCAAAAAUUAAUUGUUUUAAAUGGCUGGUUUUACUUGAUAAGCUCCCCGUUAAAUUUUGCAACUCUGACUCUGAUUUGUGCUCAUUGUGUAGACUCCCCGAAACUGGGAGGCAUAUUCUAUUUGACUGUCUCUUUGCCAAAGAAAUAUGGGGCAUGUUUGGAAUUUUCUAUCCGUUUUCUGCUAGUAUUCUUGAUAUUAUCACUGGUCAUAUUUCUGGUAUUCCUAAAGUUGCUAAUAUGUUCUGGAACAUGCUUUCUUCUAAUAUUUUGUGGCAGCUUUGGAUGUGUAGGAAUGAGGAGAAAUACCAAGGUAAGCCAAGGGCUCUUACGGAGUUUUCCAGGAAACUCACACACUUUAAAAUUUUCAUGCAGGUUCAGGUUUCUAUGAUUAUGGAGAGGAAGAAGUUGAAAAGGUUUCUCAAGGCGGGACAGGCUACGUUCUAUUACUAUGAGCUAAAGAAUGGUUAUAUGUGGCGAAGAACCCUUGAAGACUUACGGGCUUUUGAAAGUGCGUGCAAUAAACUCAAGGAAGAAAUCAGAAAGAGUGCUAAUAUGAGGAUGGAUGAGAUUGCUUUACUCUCCCAGGUGCAAGCUCACAAAAGUAUAAUCUGGAUGGAAGGCCCUCUCGGUUGGACUGCCUGGGUGGACAAUUUCUGGGAUGCUCCUCUUUAA